UAAUUAUGUGUUGAUUUUCGCCACCCGGAAGUCCUGUAAGUCGAGAGAUUUCACUUUCACAAUGAGCUCUCAAAGUUUAAUCGUACAAAGAAACGGCAGACAAUUGAUACGGUUGUUAAAAUACGGCUCUCGCGGAGAACAACCUGGUUUUUAUCCACCACUUCCGGUACCGAGUGUCCACACGUGCGCAGGAGACGUGAGGUCACAUUACAUCACCACUCCGAUCUUUUACGUGAACGCCUCUCCUCACGUCGGACACGUGUAUUCCGCCGUGACAGCUGACUGUUUACACAGAUACAAGCUGCUGCAGGGGUUUAACUCCAGGUUCGCUACAGGAACUGAUGAACACGGGCUGAAGAUCCAGCAGGCGGCGAGUGCAGUGGGUAAAGAGCCAAUGUGUUUCUGCACAGAGGUAUCCGAAAGAUUUCAGGAUGUGUUCAGGAGCUGCAAUAUUGCAUACACGGACUUCGUGCGGACGACGGAGGACAGACACAGACGGGCAGUGGAACAUUUCUGGGCCAAGCUGCUUGAUAAAGGCUUCAUCUAUAAAGGCACUUAUGAAGGCUGGUACUCCACACCAGAUGAGAGCUUUCUUACAGCCAACCAGGUGACUGACAGCACAGACUCCAUGGGCAGAGACAUCAAAAUCUCCACCGAGAGCGGACAUAAGGUGGAGUGGACGAAGGAGCACAACUAUCUGUUCCGCCUCUCUGAUUUCCGAAGCAGGCUGCAGGAGUGGUUAAGGUUGAACCCUAAAGCCAUUCAGCCAGAGAAGUUUUACCAUCUUGUCCUUCAGUGGUUGGAGAGCGAGCUUCCCGAUUUAUCGGUUUCUCGACAAAGAAGCCGUCUGCAGUGGGGCAUUCCGGUUCCUGGAGAUCCUGAACAAACGAUCUAUGUGUGGCUGGACGCUUUGGUGAACUAUCUGACUGUUGCGGGUUAUCCAGAGAAGUACUCGCAGUGGUGGAGUGCUGUCCAUCACGUCAUAGGCAAAGAUAUUUUGAAGUUCCAUGCGAUAUAUUGGCCGGCGUUUCUCAUGGCUGCAGAAAUGCCCCUUCCUCAGGCCAUAUACGUGCACUCCCAUUGGACGGUGCAGGGAAAGAAGAUGUCUAAGAGUCUUGGAAAUGUAGUAGAUCCCCUCGAGAGCUCGCAAAGGUUCACAGUGGACGGCCUGAGGUACUUUCUUCUCAGGCAAGGUGUUCCAGAGACUGACUGCGACUACGACAAUGACAAGGUGGCGAAGUUGUGCAACAGCGAACUGGCUGAUUCUCUCGGCGGUCUUCUCAACCGUUGCACCGCACCCUCUCUCAACCCAGAGCAGGUUUAUCUUCCGUUCUGCAACGUCUCCUUUCCAAAAGACUCCAGCGGAAGAGCGGUGCUGGAGGAUUACAAAAUGUUGGAGGCCGUUUCAAGGCUACCGGUUUCAGUGAAGCAGAACUUUGACAACCUGCACGUGUAUAAAGCGCUGGAAGCCAUCAGCACUUGCGUACGGCUGACCAACAGCUUCGUCCAAAGACACGCGCCAUGGAAGCUCGACUGCACCGAGUACAAGGAUAAACUCUGGCAUGACACCAUACUGCAUGUGUGUAUGGAGUGUCUGAGGAUCUACGGUGUUCUCCUACAGCCCGCUGUGCCAGUGCUGGCAGAUAAAAUCCUGUCCAGGCUGGGGGUGAGGGCUGAUCAGAGAAGCUGGGAUCAUGCGCUCGAUUUCCUCUCAAAGUAUGAAGGAAGACAUUGUCCUUACGAAGGACGAGCGCUAGGUCCAGACACCGGAGUGCUUUACAGUCGUAUUGAGAGAAACAAACCGAACCAAAAAGUAAAAAAUGAGCCAACAGACAAAAAUGCGAGGUCCAAGUAAAGACUCAUGUCUCGUACACAAAAGUAUGUACCAUAGUUUUUGAGAAAAUAAUAUAAAAGUGAUGGGUAAAAGUGAAAGAACCCUGUAAGCACUCGAGAUGGACUGCAGGAAAGCUUGGUUAUGGUUGUACACAGUUAAUUUGGCUCAACUUUGAUGUCCACUGAGAGCUCGAACCGUCCUGAUUGUUUAGCAGAUAUCAUUUACCCUAAACGUAAUCCAUCAGCCAAGAUGUGAUUAGUGUCUAAUGUGCUCUCUGAAAGCUAAUGUUCCUAAGAGGAAGGGCUUGGGGAACAUCCUUACUUUGGUGCCAAUCACUGGGCAUCAUAUACACUUAGACACACUCAUUCAUGCUCUCCCUCACACCCAGGCACACACUCACGCUCUGUCACACUCACACACACUCAUUCCCUCACUCUCACACACAAUUUUGAAAAUCUAAUUCAGUCUGUGUGUGUGUGCGCGCGUGUUCCCCUGAAGUUUAUAAAAGCGGUCCAGCUCUGAGGAGGCUUCUCCAUUGGUGCUAGUUUUUGCUUUAAAGAUAAUGUGUAUUAUAAUAAUAGGUGUAGUACAGUGUGUAGGUGCAGCGGUGCGUGAGUAUUAUUGUUAUUAUUUUGUGAUGGUUCACUUGUCAGAGUCUGGGACAAGAUGUAAAAAUUGACAUGACUUUUUUUUAAUGAGAAUACACGAAACUGAAAAAUUGUACAAAGUAAAAUAAUUAAAAGGAAAAACCAAGACACUG